AUGGACCGCGUCCACCCGUCCCUGACGUCGACGGGCCUCGACGGCCUCGACCUGCCGCGCGCGGCGACGUACGGCGCGUUUAUUCGAACCGAACGCUGGGUCGACUUCGACGGCGCCUUCUUCGGCGUCGCCGCCGCCGAGGCCACGGUCCUGGACCCGCAGCAGCGCCAGCUCCUGGAGGUGGGCUACGAGGCGCUCGAGGCCGCGGGCGUCACCAAACAAGCCGUCCGCGACGGCGCGCGGACCGUCGGCACCUUCGUCGCGCUCCAGACCGACGACUUCGCGCGCGCCAUCGUCCGGAGCCCGCGGCUCGCGCGGUCGACCUACGCCGUCUCCGGCGCGAACCCGGCCGUCGCCGCCGGGCGCCUGCCGCACGCGCUCGGCCUCCGCGGCGCGGCCUUGACGGCGGACACGGCCUGCUCGACGGCGCUCGUCUGCCUCCACCUGGCGCGGCUCGGCGACGCGACGACCGAUCGCCACGAGCCCGCGCUCGUCUCCGCGGUCAACGCCAUGAUCGACGCGUCCGUCGCGGAAGUCGUCGAGCGCGCGGGCAUGCUGUCGCCGCGGGGGCGGUGCCACGCCUUCGACGGCCGCGCGGACGGCUACGCGCGCGGCGAGGGCGUCGUCGCGGUGCUGAUUCGGCGGCGCGAUGCCUGGGACGGCUACGCGCGCCUGCCGGCGACGAGCCUCUGGAGCGACGGGCGGACCGCGUCGAUCACGGCGCCGUCGGCCGUCGCGCAGCGCGAGCUCCUGGCGCUGGCCCUCGCCCAGGCGCCCCGUUUGACCCUCACGAACGUCGAGGCGCACGGCACGGGCACG